AUGGAGCCAAUUCCCCCUCUAGUUUUCCGGACUGAUCGUCUCGAACUUCGUCUACUAGUAGACAGCGACGCAGAGGGAAUGUACGAUAUCCGGUCUAGGGAGGAGACUAUGAAGCAUAGAAAAGUCCCUGAUACAGAUAUCUCGGAUACUAGGGAAUGGAUUCGGGCGUUCUCAACUUCAAAUCUGAAGAUCGGAUACGCGUACUGA